GGAUCGUACAUGGUUGUUUAUGCCCACAUCUUAUAUUAUUGGAUCCAAAGCAUCAUGUCAAACUUUUCGGUUAUGGACUCAACUAUAUGACUGGUGAUGGUGCAGAUGUUGAUUUUCCUAUUGGUUAUCCUGGCUACCUUGCACCGGAAUGUAUUUUAGAUUUGAAUAAACGACGAACAAGUAAACAAGAUAUAUGGAGUCUUGGGAUUAUUCUAGUUGAACAAUAUACACGACAACUAUUCUGGACUACUUCUGAUCUUGAUUUGAUCUUCAACUCUAUGGCAGUACUUACUCAAUGGAGUGCAACAACUGAUAAUGUUUGGCGUCACAAAGACAUUGGUACAUUAGACAUCAACGAUAAUGUACUACGUUUUCUGCAACAAACCAAUGGAAUAAACGGAAAUCCUACUAUAUCUCUAUUACAUCAAUUCAUCCUAGAUUGUUUACAAGUGAAUCCUAGAAAGAGAGCAACUCAUCAUUCUUUAUUAUCCUCACCAUUUUUAUCUUCACUGGACAUAAAUUUGCAUCAUCCUCAACAAUGGAUCAAAGGACCUGCACUUGUUUCUGAUGAUUUGAUGGAAUCACUGUCUGAUGAUGACGAACAAUCAUCACCUAAACGCUCUUCACAACAAACAACUGAUUUACUACAAGGUUUACCGAUAUCUCAAGUAUAUAAUCUGUGGAAACUAGCAGGUGGUGAUGUGGAAUUGGAUGCAGCAAAGAAGGAUGCAUUCUUGACAACACCAGUGAUUGAACGAUUACCCCGACUAUGUGGUUUGGCUGAAGGUGUAGAAAUAGGCACUACGACAAGGGACACUGCACAACUGUAUUCUGAUGCGAUCUUUGAAUUAAGUUUUAAAGAACUUUACCAACGACUAGGGGAAGAACAACGAGUGAAUGGAUCCAUAGACAGAUUUGAAUGGGAUACAGAUUACUUUAUGGUAGUAGAUGAAGAUGAUGUCAACUUUUUACUUGAUGAAGAAUACAAACAUUAUGCAUCCACCAGCAAUGAUGACAUCCCUUUGGAAGAUGAAUUCAUAUUUACAGAUGAUAUACCUACGAAUGGACGUUUGACAGCGACAUCAAUGACUCCACAACAUAGUAAUAAUAACCCAUUACCAACUACACCACCACCACCGGCAGCAACAUCAUCCUCUCGAUCAGGUCGUCGUACACUUUCAUUUACAGGUUUGAGUCGAUCGGAAUCAGCCUCAUCUUUAUCGCAAUCAAGUCCAACUAGCAACACACCACCAGUCACUACAACACCAUCCAACUUUUCCACCAAUUCUGGCUCCCAUUCAUCUCUUUCUCAUCUUGUCAAUUCAUCUUUCAACAACAAUACUAACCAGUCCAAUGGAAAUAGCAAACUUCCUUUGUUUUUACGUGAACAAGAUGUCAACUAUCAAUUCCGGCGGCAAGCUCUAUUCUCAGCACUAUUACAACAAUAUCCAGCAUCAAGAAAGGAACUGAUUCAUCAUGCCAAAGUAGAUAUCCCUCCCUUACUUCGUGGAAAAGUAUGGGCUGCUAUUCUUGGGGUCCAUGGAAAUGUACAUCAGCGAUAUAACAAUAUCAACAAAUGUGUAGAUGUAAGCGCUGAACGACAAAUUGAAGUGGACGUACCAAGGUGUCAUCAAUAUAAUCAACUACUAGCAUCUUCUGUUGGUCAUGACAAAUUACGACGUCUUUUAAAAGCGUGGGUAGCUGCAAAUCCUGAUUUGGUGUAUUGGCAAGGAUUGGAUUCUUUAUGUGCUCCUUUCUUGACACUUCAUUUUAAUGAUGAAGCUAUGGCAUUUGCAUGUCUCCAAAUGUUUAUACCAAGAUUCCUCAACAACUUUUUUUUAUCCGACAAUGCACCAGUAUUACAGGAAUACUUGGCAGUAUUCCGUCAUCUUUUAAGUUAUCAUGAUCCUGAACUUUCAAGCCAUUUGGAUACAAUUGGAUUUAUGCCUGAUUUGUAUGCGAUUCCAUGGUUCUUGACCUUGUUUACCCAUGUAUUUCCUUUGGACAAGAUAUAUCAUUUAUGGGAUAAACUUCUUGUAGGACCAUCUUCAUUACCAUUGUUUGCUGGUAUCGCCAUUUUACGACAAAUACGUGAUAUGCUCUUGUCCUGUGAAUUCAAUGAUUGUAUUGUGUUGAUUUCGGAUAGUUUUCCAAAGGUGGAUAUUGAGAAAUGUGUACAGAAUGCCAUGUCGAUGUGCAAGGUGACGCCUCCUAGUGUAUCUGCUCGAAUAUAUGAUAACGAUCAAGAUCAUCAAAAGACAGUCGAUACUAAUGGAUUAAUCAAUGGUUAUACUGGAACCAAGGACAUUGAAGAUGAAGAAGUUGGUUGGUGGCAGCGUCCUUUGUCUAUUGAAAUCAAGAAAAAAGAAUUAUCUCCUAGAAUCAGUGUGGCAGAUCUAUACCGUGUGAUACCUUACUGUUUGGUAUUAGAUAUCCGAUCAGAACAAGCAUUUGCCCGUGGCCAUAUUCCCUCCUCCAUGAACGUACAAGAACAACAACUACAAAACUAUGCCUCUGUUUUGAAGAAACUGAAUCGAAAAUAUCAUGUGGUGAUGUCAGAAAAGGAUGAUGGUGCAGAGGUAACAUAUCUAAAAAAAAAAAAAAAGCAAAUACAUCUUGAUGUUGAUCUUUCAUUAUGAUUUUUAUUAUUAUUAUUAUAGUAUGCUAGUCAAUUGGUUCAUCAUUUCUUCCCUAGA